AUGUUAUCGAAUAUUUUUGAUAAUAUCGACGAAUAUUCGCUUGCAUUUGUUAAAAUUCUCGGCGAAGGGACUUUUGGUUCGGUUAAACUUUUUCUGGAUCGAAAGCAUUCAUAUUUGCCAGUGGCAGUGAAAUGUAUCGCAAAUGGACAAGGUGGGCAUAACUGGCGAAUUCGUAAUGAGGUGGUUGCUAUUCAAAAAUCACUGCGAGAAGAAAAUGAAAUCGUCAAAUGUUACGGAUUUCAUCAUAGUGAUUUGGAAACAAAAAUUUUUUUAGAAUUUUUAGAUGGUGGAGAACUUUUUGAUAGAAUCGAACCCGAUAUUGGUAUGGCGGAAACCGAUGCUCAUUUUUAUUUUCGACAACUUAUGGAGGGAAUGAAAGCGAUACAUAGACAUGGCUUUGCACAUAGAGAUAUUAAACCAGAAAAUCUUCUGCUAAACUGGAAAAAUUGCCUCAAAAUCGCCGAUUUCGGUCUAGCAACCCUUUAUAUUAGAGAUGGAAAAGAACGUUAUCUGAAUACUCGUUGUGGAUCUGAACACUACUCGUCCCCACAGCUCAUUGCUGGAUAUUACAGUUCAUUUAAUCAAAAACUGGAAAAAGGUGUUAUUUUUUAUUAUUUAAGAGGAGAACCGAAUGAUAUAUGGGCAUGUGGUAUAGUACUUUUCAUUUUGCUUACAGGCACUUUUCCUUGGACAACGGUUUUAAGCUCAGAUUACGAACUUUGGACUUCGGAUGCGACGUGUUUAGAAAAAUCACCUUGGAGCAAUUUGACUAAGGAUGUAAGAGAUCUUAUAGUUUGGAUGUUAAUUCAUAAUGAAAGUCAUCGAGCCACUAUAAAUGAGGUUCAAGAUUGCUCGUGGUAUAAAAAAGGUCCUAUUACGAGAACCAAUAUCACUGAUGCAGUGAAUGAAUGUUCCAGUUCUAAAAGAUGUUCAUCCUUGUCUGGCAUGGUAUCUCAACCAUCUGGUUCAACUGAUUUGCUUGCAAUCGACAGAAGACGAGGUACCUUGCAUUCAUUGAAAAAAUAUUCAUUUUCGCAACCAGCUUAUGCAUUCUCCGAGGCUUUAUUCUCUAGGAUGUCACAACUGGAUUCGCAUCAAUCACAGCAUAUCAACCCAGCUACUCUAUUCGUUAGACGUUCAACACGUAUUUUUGUUAAUGCAACAACAUCAAAUGCUAUUGACAAGGUAUUAGAAGCGUGUGCUGUACAAAAUUAUGUUUGUAUAUCACGUUGUGAUUCUGAAUUAAGUGUGUCUAUUUCUCGUGAAUCAUCUUUUAUUGUCGCAUUUGUCGAUGUUCCAGAGUUUAGUAAACCACUGUUACUUUUGGAUUUUCGUCGAUCACGGGGAGAUGGCUUGGAAUUCAAACGUGCUUUUAAAAAGAUAGAAUCUCAUUUAUCAUCAAUUAUGUGCGAACAAAAUGCGGAGUGGUUGAGUACAGCUGAUCGCCUCGCUGCAUGUUCCAUCUCAGAUUAG